CGUCUGCGCGUCGUGCAUUUGCAUGCAGCGCGCGUCAGGCGAAGCGGACUCAGCGGGUUGUGCGCCUGUAUCGCACAAAAUCCCAGCCGAGCGGAAACGCUGCGAGUACCUGGGGAAAACCCCAGGGCCUGGCGUUCCAAGAUGGAUUCCUUCACGAAGCACUAGACGAGAUGUUAACUCCGCCAACAACUCCGCCAACAACACUGCGCUCACCUCGCAAAGUGAAAAAGAACGGCACGAUGCAAUCUUUAGGAAAGUAAGAGGCAUCUUAAACAAGCUUGCCCCGGAGAAGUUUGAAAAACUAUGCCUUGAGCUCCUUAAUGUGGGUGUAGAGUCCAAACUCAUCCUCAAAGGAAUCAUACUGCUUAUUGUAGACAAAGCCCUCGAAGAGCCAAAGUACAGCUCACUCUACGCUCAGCUAUGUCUGCGAUUAGCAGAAGAUGCGCCAAACUUUGACGGUCCAGACGGUCAGCCAGGGCAGAAGCAAAGCACAACGUUUAGACGCCUCCUAAUUUCAAAACUUCAAGAUGAGUUUGAGAACAGAUCCAGAAAUGUUGAGGUAUAUGACAAGCGAGACAGCCCUCUCCUCCCUGAAGAAGAGGAACAGAGAAACAUUGCUAAGCUUAAGAUGCUGGGAAACAUCAAAUUUAUUGGCGAGCUUGGCAAGCUUGACCUUAUUCAUGAAUCUAUCCUUCAUAAGUGCAUCAAAACACUUUUGGAAAAGAAGAAGAGGGUCCAGCUUAAAGACAUGGGAGAGGAUUUGGAGUGUCUCUGUCAGAUAAUGAGGACUGUGGGGCCUAGAUUAGACCAUGAAAAAGCCAAGUCCUUAAUGGAUCAGUACUUUGCCCGGAUGUGCGCCUUGAAGUCUUGUAAUGAUUUGCCAGCAAGGAUUCGUUUCCUGCUGCAAGAUACUGGGGAGUUGCGAGGAAACGGUUGGGUUCCUCGCAAAGCUUUCAAUGAUAAUGGACCAAAGACUAUCAAUCAAAUCCACCAAGAUGCAGUGAAAGAUCUAGGAGUCUUCAUUCCUCCUCCAAUGUCACAAGGAAUGCGAACUGACUUCUUUUUGGAAGGGCCGUUCAUGCCACCACGAAUGAAGCUUGAUAGGGACCCACUUGGAGGACUUGCUGACAUGUUUAGACAGAUGCCAGGCAGUGGUAUUGGUACUGGUCCAGGGGUUAUACAGGACAGGUUCUCCCCAACCAUGGGACGUCAUCGUUCAAAUCAGUUGUUCAAUGGGCAUGGUGGGCAUAUCAUACCUCCUGUACAGUCCCAGUUUGGUGAAAUUGGAGGCAAACCUUUUAUGAAAAGCCAGGGGCAAGGCCAGCUGUACCAGAGUCAGGGGCUCUUAUCGCAACAAGGGCAGUCAAAGGAUAUGCCCCCUCGGUUUAUUAAAAAAGGCCAGCUUAACGCGGACGAGAUAAGCCUGAGACCAGCUCAGUCUUUCCUAAUGAACAAGACGCAAGUGCCAAAGCUCCAGCCUCAGAUGAGCAUGAUGCCGCCUCGUACCCAGACACCACCCAUGGGACAGACACCACAGCUUGGCCUAAAAACCAACCCACCACCCAUCCAAGAGAAACCUGCCAAGAUUGUCAAGAAGCCUCCACCAUCGAGGGAAGAGCUACUUAAACUUACUGAAGCAUUUGUGACUGAGUACUUGAAUAACGGAAACGCGGCAGAUGCCAUAAACAGCGUGAAAGAAAUGAGAGCUCCUAAACACUUCAUCCCGGAAAUGAUUAGCCGGAUCGUCCUGCAAUCCCUAGACCGCUCUGACGAAGACAAGGAGCGCGCCAGUGCACUGAUCGGUAUAUUGCGUCAAGAGGGAGUGGCGACCAGCGACAACUUCAUGCAGGCUUUUUUGACUGUGCUAGACCAGUGCCCCAAGCUGGAGGUUGACACACCCCUGGUGAAAUCCUACCUGGCACAAUUCGCAGCCCGCGCCAUAAUAGCAGAGCUGGUGAGCAUUUCCGAACUGGCCCAGCCUCUGGAGAACGGCACCCACUUCCCUCUGUUCCUGCUGUGCCUGCAGCAACUGGCCAAACUGAAGGACAAAGAUUGGCUGACCGAUCUCUUCCAGCAGAGCAAAGUGAACAUGCAGAAGAUGUUACCAGAAAUCGACCAGAACAAAGACCGCAUGCUGGAGAUCCUGGAAGGGAAAGGUCUGAGCUUCUUGUUUCCGCUGAUGAAACUGGAGAAAGAGUUACUUAAGCAAAUAGAGAUGGAUCCUUCUCCACAGACCAUCUACAAGUGGAUCAAGGAUAACAUCUCUCCUAAACUUCAUGUAGAUAAAGGAUUUGUGAAUAUUUUGAUGACCAGCUUUUUACAGUAUAUUUCUAAUGAGGUUUGCCCAACGGAUGAUGUGGAACUGGCGGGAGCACCAUCUAAAGAGCAGCUGGAAGCGGAGAAGCAGCUGUUGCUGUCCUUCAAGCCGGUGAUGCAGAAGUUCCUCCAUGACCAUGUUGACCUGCAAGUCAGCGCCUUGUAUGCACUCCAGGUGCACUGCUACAGUAAAAACUUCCCUAAAGGCAUGUUGCUCCGCUUUUAUGUCCAUUUCUAUGACAUGGAGAUAAUAGAAGAAGAAGCUUUCUUGGCAUGGAAGGAAGAUAUUAUACAGGAGUUUCCAGGGAAAGGAAAAGCUUUAUUCCAGGUGAACCAAUGGCUGACCUGGCUGGAGACCGCUGAAGAGGAGGAAUCUGAGGAAGAAGCCGACUAAAGAACCAGCCAAAGCCUUAAACGUUGUGCAGACACUGUUGCUAUGAAUUAAAUUUUGCGUUUUGACCUAACCACUGCGAAAAAAAAAUCCAUUCCGCUGUAACAUUUUGGCAAUCUGUAAAUGCAGAGGCAUGUCUAUUUAGGAUUCCUUCUGCUUCAAAGAAGAAGUUUUAAGUGUAAUGUCUUAAUCAUAGUCAGCCAUGCAAUAUUUUUAGAGUAUCUGUAAUGUUUAGAUCUGUGUUAUUAGCAGCAUGCAAUAAUUACAUCCUAUGUUCUCAAAACAAAA